AUGGUGUGCAAUCGUGCAGAAUACGACAAACGGUGGGCCUGUGAAGAGUCGAGUCGCGGCUGGGUGGUUUUCAUUUCAUCUUCAUUUCACAUCAUUUGUCAUAAUUGCCUCGAAAGGACGCCCACUCUUCUGCUAGUUUGUGGCUUUUGCGCAACCAUUUCGCCACACUUCGCAAGUCUUCACAACACAGGCUACCCUGAAAAGGUCGGCGUUGCUACCCUCCAACCGCAUCGAAUUCUUCAGCUUCACUUUCUCCCCGGCGACCAGCCUGGCUCCCAAGGCAUCGUCUGCUCAACAGCCCAUGUCCGCCCACUCAGUUGUCCACUUCAAGCAUUACUGAUCGCGUAG